CCGGCGUAGGCGCCGCUGGCUGCCGCUUAACCCGGUAUAGCCAUGUGCCAGGUGGGAGAGGACUAUGGGGACCCCGCACCCGAGGCACCGCUGCCGCCGCGGCCUGGCCGUGAGCUGAAGUGUGUGAAGUGCAAGGAGGGUCUGCCCACGGUGGUGAUCCGCGCAGGAGAUGCCUUCUGCAGGGACUGUUUCAAGGCAUUCUACGUCCACAAGUUCAGAGCUGUGCUUGGGAAGAACCGGCUGAUCUUCCCGGGAGAGAAGGUGCUCUUGGCAUGGUCUGGAGGGCCUUCAUCCAGUUCCAUGGUCUGGCAGGUCCUUGAGGGCCUGAGUCGAGAUUCUGCCAAAAGACUGCGUUUUGUGCCAGGGAUCGUCUACGUUGAUGAGGGAGCGGCCUGUGGACAGAGCCUGGAGGACAGAACCAAAACCCUGGCUGAGAUGAAGCUGAUCCUGCAGACAGUUGGUUUCCCCUGGCAUAUUGUUGCCUUAGAAGAGGUGUUCAGCCUGCCGCCAUCUGUGCUUCGCUGCUUCGCCCAGGAGCCCGCAGGGACCAAGGGGGCCUACAAGGCAGCUGUGGACAGUUUCCUGCAGCAGCAGCAUGCGCCAGCCCCGGGGGAGGAGCAGCUGAGCCAGUCUGGCACCCAGGACCUCCAGAGCCCAGCUGUGCUACCCACCGCUGCCCAGACCGAGGCCCAGCCACCCACCGCUGCCCAGACCGAGGCCCAGCCGCCCACCGCUGCCCAGACCGAGGCCCAGCCGCCCACCGCUGCCCAGACCGAGGCCCAGCCGCCCACCGCUGCCCAGACCGAGGCCCAGCCGCCCACCGCUGCCCAGACCGAGGCCCAGCCGCCCACCGCUGCCCAGACCGCGGCCCUGUUUAGACUGUUUGACUCAGUGAAGACACUGACAGCCAAGGAGGAGCUUCUGCAGACCCUGCGGACCCACUUGAUCCUGCAUGUGGCCCGGACCCACGGCUACUCCAAGGUGAUGAUGGGGGACAGCUGCACCCGCCUGGCCAUCAAGCUCAUGACUAACCUGGCGUUGGGGAGAGGGGCCUUCCUGGCCUGGGACACGGGCUUCUCUGACGAGCGGCAUGGUGAUGUGGUGGUGGUGCGGCCCAUGCGAGACCACACCCUGAAGGAGGUCGCCUUCUACAACCGCUUGUUUGCUGUCCCUUCUGUCUUUACCCCGGCCAUUGACACCAAGGCCCCCGAAAAGGCCAGCAUCCACCGGCUCAUGGAAGCCUUCAUGCUCAGGCUGCAGGCCCAGUUCCCCUCCGUGAUCAGCACUGUGUACAGGACCAGUGAGAAGCUGGUCAAGGCCCCCCGGGACGGCAGUGCUGAUGGCCCCCCGGGCACCCGCUGCCUGCUCUGCACAUGUACCCUGGACAUAGACACUGCCGAUAGUGCCACGGCUUUUGGGGCCCAGACCUCACAUCUCUCCCAGACGCAGCCCCCCACCCCACCAGCUGAGGCGCCCACAACACCCUGCUGCUCUGCAGCAGUGGGCAGGGCCCAGGGCUGCUGCUGGGGGGCUGGGCCCUGUGGGAGGGGGGACCCCCGAGCCCGUGUUAUCGAGCAGCUGUGCUACGGGUGCCGUGUGAACAUGAAGGACUUGCCUUCCCUGGACCCCCUGCCACCAUACAUCCUGACCGAAGCCCAGCUCCGCAGCCAGAGGGCCUGGGUCUUGCAGGAGAUGCAGGAGUAUCUGGUUGAGGACAGUGAUGAUGAGGCGCAGACUGGUGAGAGCUGAGCCUAGAUGGACACCUGGGACCACCCGCCAAGACCUCUGUCAUGCUGGAGCAGGAUGGCAAAGACGGACA